AUGCACCACUUCACGGGGCUGCUGCCCCUCGCCUUCCUCGCGGCCUCCGCCUCCGCCGUUGUCGUCCGUCCCACGGGCUACGUUGCGCAACCCCACGUCACGCCGACGCCGCACAUCUACGAGGGCGUGGGCAAGCGGUACGUCGUCAUCGGCACGCCCACUGCCACGACCCCAGACAGCCUGCUGUUCGCGAACGGGACGCCCUGGCCUACGCCAAACCUCCCCCCCAUGGGCCACGGCCCGGUCAAGAACGGCGGCCCCCCCGCUAACCCCGACAACGCGUACCACGGGCCCGAGGAACCUUACUAUGACGGACGGACCGGCAUGGCUCGCCGUGCCAAAGAGUUCGGGUUCAGCCCGUGGGGGAACACGCACCCGGACCACCUCUCGCGGCGCGGGGAGGCAGGUGGCAACACUGUGCACACCCCUGUGCACACGCCCGUGGCCACGCCUGUUCUCAAUGCGGAUGGCAUUUCUGUCAACUUGGGUCCUGCUGUUAUUCCACCAGGUUUACCUGUGGAAGAGUACAGGAUGAUUCAUGACCCCAUUGUGGCGCGCAGGAGCUCGUUCUUCGCGAGGCGCAACAACGACCCCGCCCCCAGGAUCGAGACGCCGCACCUCGACAGCGGCGCGAAUGUGCACGGCGACCUUGCGCGGCGCGCUGAGUCCGGUCCUAGAAUCGAGACGCCGCACCUCGACAGCGGUGCGAAUGUGCAUGGCGACCUCGCCAGGCGCGCUGAUCCCGCCCCUAGGAUUGAGAUGCCGGAUCUUGGCGAUGCGACUCCACGCGGGGACCUCGUCCGGCGCGCUGUCUCUGACGAGAGGCUUAGUGAGUCGGAGAGGCAGCAAGAGGGGGGUGAUGAGCAGCACAGCGACAGCCCCAGAAUCGAGAUGCCGGAUCUCGGCGAUGCGACUCCGCGCGGCAACCUCGCUCGGCGCAUCGUCGCUAAUGGGAUGCAGCUAGCGGAUAAAGAGGGCACGUAUAUACCCACGGGCCUGGUAAGGCGCGACGUUAAAGACGACGUUGACUACUCCGACUCCGAGCCUACUGUGGGUGAUAUCACGCAGGAGGAGGCGAGGCAGGAGCUAGAGGAAUUGAAUCCUUAG